AUGGUUGGAAAUGAGUUGGUGCAACAGGUUGGAGACAAUUGUGGAUUUAACAUUGGUGGUGGAGGUUACGUUGAUGGCGGUGACAUUUGUGGAGAAGACAAUGUUGGUGGUAACAUUGCUGGAGGAGACAAUGGUGGUGGUAACAUUGCUGGAGGAGACAAUGGUGGAGGUAACAUUGGUGGAGGAGACAAUGGUGGAGGUAACAUUGGUGGAGGAGACAAUGGUGGAGGUAACAUUGGUGGAGGAGACAAUGAUGGAGGUAACAUUGUUGUAGGAAACAAUGGUGGAGGUAACAUUGGUGGAGGAGACAAUGGUGGAGUAGACAACGGUGGAGGAGACAAUGCUGGAGGUAACAUUGGUGGUGGAGGUUACGUUGAUGGCGGUGACAUUUGUGGAGAAGACAAUGUUGGUGGUAACAUUGCUGGAGAAGACAAUGUUGGUGGUAACAUUGCUGGAGCAGACAAUGGUGGAGGUAACAUUGGUGGAGGAGACAAUGGUGGAGGUAACAUUGGUGGAGGAGACAAUGGAGGAGGUAACAUUGGUGGAGGAGACAAUGGUGGAGGAGACAAUGCUGGAGGUAACAUUGGUGGAGAAGACAAUGGUGGAGGUAACAUUGGUGGAGGAGACAAUGGUGGGGGAGACAAUGCUGGAGGUAACAAUGGUGGUGGAGACAAUGGUGGAGGUAGCAUUGGUGGAGAAGACAAUGUUGGAGGAGAUAAUGGUGGAGGAGACAAUGGUGGAAUGGUGGAGGUUGGUGGUGGAGGAGACAAUGGUGGAGGUAACAUUGGUGGAGGAGACAAUGGUGGAGGAGACAAUGCUGGAGGAAACAUUGGUGGAGGAGACAAUGGUGGAGGGGACAUUGGUGGAGGAGACAAGGAUGGAGGUAAUAUUGGUGAAGGAGACAAUGGUGGAGAAGACAAUGGUGGAGGUAACAUUGAUGGUGGAGGAGACAACGGUGAAGGUAACAUUGAUGUUGGAGGAGACAAUGGUGAAGGUAACAUUGGUGGUGGAGGUUACAUUGGUGGGGGAGGAGACAAUGGUGGAGGUUACGUUGGUGGCGGUGACAUUUGUGGAGAAGACAAUGUUGGUGGUAACAUUGCUGGAGGAGACAAUGGUGGAGGUAACAUUGGUGGAGGAGACAAUGGUGGAGGUAACAUUGGUGGAGGAGACAAUGAUGGAGGUAACAUUGUUGUAGGAGACAAUGGUGGAGGUAACAUUGGUGGAGGAGACAAUGGUGGAGUAGACAAUGGUGGAGGAGACAAUGCUGGAGGUAACAUUGGUGGUGGAGACAAUGGUGGAGGUAACAUUGGUGGAGAAGAUAAUGGUGGAGGAGACAAUGCUGGAGGAGACAAUAGUGGAGGAGACAACGGUGGAAUAGACAAUGAUGGAGGUAACAUUGAUGGUGGAGGAGACAAUGGUGAAGGUAACAUUGAUGGAGGAGGAGACAAUGAUGGAGGUAACAUUGAUGGUGGAGGAGACAAAGGUGGAGGUUACGUUGGUGGUGGAGUAGACAAUGGUGGAGGUAACAUUGGUGGAGGAGGCAAUGGUGGAGGAGACAUUGGUGGAGGUAACAAUGGUGGAGGAGACAAUGGUGGAGGAGAAAAUGGUAGUGGUAACAUUGGUGGAGGAGACAAUAGUGGAGGUAACAUUGGUGGAGGAGACAAUGGUGGAGGAGACAAUGAUGGCGGUAACAUUGAUGGAGGAGACAAAGGUAGAGGUAACAUUGAUGGUGGAGGAGACAAUGGUGAAGGUAACAUUGAUGUUGGAGGAGACAACGGUGAAGGUAACAUUGGUGGUGGAGGUUACAUUGGUGGGGGAGGAGACAAUGGUGGAGGUUACGUUGGUGGCGGUGACAUUUGUGGAGAAGACAAUGUUGGUGGUAACAUUGCUGGAGGAGACAAUGGUGGAGGUAACAUUGGUGGAGGAGACAAUGGUGGAGGUAACAUUGGUGGAGGAGACAAUGAUGGAGGUAACAUUGUUGUAGGAGACAAUGGUGGAGGUAACAUUGGUGGAGGAGACAAUGGUGGAGUAGACAAUGGUGGAGGAGACAAUGCUGGAGGUAACAUUGGUGGUGGAGACAAUGGUGGAGGUAACAUUGGUGGAGAAGAUAAUGGUGGAGGAGACAAUGCUGGAGGAGACAAUAGUGGAGGAGACAACGGUGGAAUAGACAAUGAUGGAGGUAACAUUGAUGGUGGAGGAGACAAUGGUGAAGGUAACAUUGAUGGAGGAGGAGACAAUGAUGGAGGUAACAUUGAUGGUGGAGGAGACAAAGGUGGAGGUUACGUUGGUGGUGGAGUAGACAAUGGUGGAGGUAACAUUGGUGGAGGAGGCAAUGGUGGAGGAGACAUUGGUGGAGGUAACAAUGGUGGAGGAGACAAUGGUGGAGGAGAAAAUGGUAGUGGUAACAUUGGUGGAGGAGACAAUAGUGGAGGUAACAUUGGUGGAGGAGACAAUGGUGGAGGAGACAAUGAUGGCGGUAACAUUGAUGGAGGAGACAAAGGUAGAGGUAACAUUGAUGGUGGAGGAGACAAUGGUGAAGGUAACAUUCGUGGUGGAGGUUACAUUGGUGGUGGAGGAGACAAUGGUGGAGGUUACGUUGGUUGCGGUGACAUUUGUGGAGAAGACAAUGUUGGUGGUAACAUUGCUGGAGGAGACAAUGGUGGAGGUAACAUUGGUGGAGGAGACAAUGUUGGAGGUAACAUUGGUGGAGGAGACAAUGAUGGAGGUAACAUUGUUGGAGGAGACAAUGGUGGAGGUAACAUUGGUGGAGGAGACAAUGGUGGAGGAGACAAUGGUGGAAGAGACAAUGCUGGAGGUAACAUUGGUGGUGGAGACAAUGGUGGAGGUAACAUUGGUGGAGAAGACAAUGGUGGAGGAGACAAUGCUGGAGGAGACAAUAGUGGAGGAGACAACGGUGGAAUAGACAAUGGUGGAGGUAACAUUGAUGGUGGAGGAGACAAUGGUGAAGGUAACAUUGAUGGAGGAGGAGACAAUGAUGGAGGUAACAUUGAUGGUGGAGGAGACAAAGGUGGAGGUUACGUUGGUGGUGGAGUAGACAAUGGUGGAGGUAACAUUGGUGGAGGAGGCAUUGGUGGAGGAGACAUUGGUGGAGGUAACAAUGGUGGAGGAGACAAUGGUGGAGGAGACAAUGGUAGUGGUAACAUUGGUGGAGGAGACAAUGGUGGAGGUAACAUUGGUGGAGGAGACAAUGGUGGAGGAGACAAUGAUGGCGGUAACAUUGAUGGAGGAGACAAUGGUGGAGGUAACAUUGGUGUAGGAGACAAUGGUGGAGGUAACAUUGGUGGAGGAGACAAUGAUGGAGGUAACAUUGGUGGUGGAGACAAUGGUGGAAGUAACAUUGGUGGAGGAGACAAUGGAGACAAUGGUGAAGGUAACAUUGAUGGUGGAGGAGACAAAGGUGGAGGUUACGUUGGUGGUGGAGGAGACAAUGGUGGAGGUAACAUUGGUGAAGGAGACAAUGGUGGAGGAGACAUUGGUGGAGGUAACAAUGGUGGAGGAGACAAUGGUGGAGGAGAAAAUAGUAGUGGUAACAUUGGUGGAGGAGACAAUGGAGGAGGUAACAUUGGUGGAGGAGACAAUGGUGGAGGAGACAAUGAUGGUGCUAAAAUUGGUGGAGGAGACAAUGGUGGAGGUAACAUUGGUGGAGGAGACAAUGGUGGAGGUGACAUUGGUGGAGGAGACAAUGAUGGAGACAAUGGUGAAGGUAACAUUGAUGAUGGAGGAAACAAUGAUGGAGGUAACAUUGAUGGUGGAGGAGACAACGGUGGAGGAGACAAUGGUGGAGGUAAUAUUGGUGGAGGAGACAAUGGUGGAGGAGACAUUGGUGGAGGAGACAAUGGUGGAGGAGAAAAUGGUAAUGGUAACAUUGGUGGAGGAGACAAUGGUGGAGGUAACAUUGGUGGAGGAGACAAUGGUGGAGGAGACAAUGGUGGAAGAGACAAUGAUGGCGGUAACAUUGGUGGAGGAGACAAUGGUGGAGGUAACAUUGGUGGAGGAGACAAUGGUGGAGGUAACAUUGGUGGACGAGACAAUGGUGGAGGAGACAUUGGUGGAGGAGACAAUGGUGGAGGAGACAAUGGUGGAGGAGACAAUCGUGGAGGAGACAAUCGUGGAAUAGACAAUGGUGGAGGUAACAUUGGUGGUGGUGACAUUGGUGGAGGAGACAAUAGUGGAGGUAACAUUGGUGGAGGAGACAAUGGUGGAGGUAACAUUGGUGGAGGUAACAUUGGUGGUGGGGACAUUGGAGGCGGUGACAUUGGUGGAAUAGACAAUGGUGGAGGAGACAAUGGUAGAAUAGACAAUGGUGAAGGUAACAUUGAUGGUGGAGGAGACAAUGGUGGAGAUUACGUUGGUGGUGGAGGAGACAAUGGUGGAGGUAACAUUGGUGGAGGAGACAUUGGUGGAGGAGACAAUGGUGGUGGUAACAUUGGUGGCAGUGAUAUUUGGGGAGGAGACAAUGGUGGAGGUAACAUUGGUGGAGGAGACAAUAGUGGAAUUAACAUUGAUGGUGGAGGAGACAAUGGUGGAGGUUACGUUGGUGGUGGAGGAGACAAGGGUGGAGGAGACAAUGGUGGAGGCAACAUUGGUGGAGGAGACAAUGGUGAAGGUAACAUUGGUGGAGGAGACAAUGGUGAAGGUAACAUUGGUGGAGGAGACAAUGGUGGAGGAGACAAUGGUGGUGGUAACAUUGGUGGCAUUGACAUUUGUGGAGGAGACAAUGGUGGAGGUAACAUUCAUGGAGGAGACAAUGGUGGAGGUAACAUUGGUGGAGGAGACAAUGGUGGAGGUUACAUUAGUGGAGGAGACAAUGGUGGAGGAGACAAUGGUGGAGGUUACAUUAGUGGAGGAGACAAUGGAGGUGGUAACAUUGGUGGCGGUGACAUUGAUGGAGGAGACAAUGGUGGAGACAAUGGUGAAGGAGUCAAUGGUGGAGGAGACAGUGGUGGAAUAGACAAUGAUGGUGGUAACAUUGAUGGUGGAAAAGACAAUGGUGGAGGUAACAUUGGUGGAGUAGACAAUGGUGGAGGAGACAAUGGUGGAGGUAACAUUGGUGGAGGAGACAUUGGUGGAGGAGACAUUGGUUGUGGUAACAUUGGUGGCGGUGACAUUGGUGGUGGUGACAUUGGAGGCGGAGACAAUGGUGGAGGUAACAUUGGUGGAGGAGACAUUGGUGGAGGUAACAUUGGUGGAGGAGACAUUGGUGGUGGUAACAUUAGUGGAGGAGACAAUGGUGGUGGUAACAUUGGUGGCGGUGACAUUGAUGGAGGAGACAAUGGUGGAGGUAACAUUGGUGGAGGAGACAUUGGUGGAGGUAACAUUGGUGGAGGAGACAUUGGUGGUGGUAACAUUAGUGGAGGAGACAAUGGUGGAGGUAACAUUGGUGGCGGUGACAUUGAUGGAGGAGACAAUGGUGGAGGUAACAUUGUGGUGGUGACAUUGGGGGCGGUGACAUUGGUGGAGGAGACAAUGGUGAAGGAGUCAAUGGUGGAGGAGACAAUGGUGGAGGAGACAGUGGUGGAAUAG